AAGCGAGAAAAUGGACAUUAUCAAAAAUCUAAUAGCCUCUAAAUUGUUAAAAUAAAUUAGAUGGUUGUGAUAAAAUACGCAUUUCGAUGCUGAUCAACCACAACCUGAGUAUGCGCGUGACAAAAUAGUGCCAAAUUUGGAAUAAAGAAGCGUGUAUGCCUUCGAGAUGGAUUUUGAAAAGGUUGAAAAACACGCGGUCUAGCGUAAUAGUGGAAUUAUAUAAUCUUAUAGCGAUAGAUAUCAUAUCUUUGGAUGAUAUAUUCGGUUCUAUAUUUCCCGCCAACUUGGCAAACAUGGCGAUGGUUCGUCGUUUCCCGCCAAGGUGCUACGGGUCUCGUAUGGCGCACCCCAGUUGUGCUGUUGAGGUUUUUCCGUGAUUUUGAGUGAGUUUCUAGUGAAAAUCUGUUUUAAAAUGGGGCAAUCAGACGAUGUUGAGGAUUCUACGUACAGUAGGCACCAGGAUUUGUGCCAAAAGUUGAAUAUGGACGCAACAGCGGCUUCCGAAGCUUGGAAAUCAUACGAGACUAUUCGACAGAAUUAUACUCUUGAGGGUGAUCAGUUGCACUGGAUAGGAUGUGCUCUGUAUGUAGCAUGUCGAAAGUCAUCGACGCCGACUGUUGGGCGAACAGGAGCAAAUGUCGAAGGCAACUGCGUAUCGCUAACUCGCUUACUUCGUUUGUGUAAUCUGUCUCUGAUACAAUUUUUCAAUAAGAGUAAGAAUUGGGCGGAUAUGGCGAACAUGCCACAGGAUUUUAGGUCUAAGAUUGACAAACUGGAACGAAAUUUUGCUGUGUCGAUGCUGAUUUUCAAAAAGUACCAGCCCAUCUUUACAGACAUAUUUGCAAACCCAGCUGAUGAUAUAGCUAAGCCAUUGAGAUCCAGACGACAAAGAGCUCUGCCUUGUACACCAUCCAGGGUUUUCGAGUUUUGCUGGACGCUUUUUGUUUGCAUCAAGGGAGCAUUCCCAGAUAUUUCAGAUGACCUGGUUAACUUAAAUCACUUACUCCUGGCUUGCUGUGAUCUUAUUUACAGUAAUGCUUUGUUGGCGAAUAGACGAGAUCUUUUGAAUCCAAAUUUUCCUGGCCUACCCGAGAAUUACGACGAUCCAGUUUACACACCACCAGAGACAGCAAAUUGCAUUAUUAGUCUAUUGUGUAAAACUCGUGAAGGAAUACCUGUGGAGGCUAAAGUGAUAAAAGAAUACUACUUGAAGAAUCAUAUAAAUAAAUUGUUCAGAGAAAAAGUUUUGCGCGGUGACCAAUCGAAUUUCUCAGGGAUUCUCGAACCCCUAAAUUUCGAUGGUAACAGCAAAGCAGUCAACAAAGCCUACGAACAACACGUCCUUAGCGUCGGUGAUUUUGACGAAAGGAUGUUUUUGGCCGAAUGGAGGAGAGUGAGACUGAACGGGAUAUCGGCCAUCGAGAUGCUUGGCGGAGAUAUUACUUGCCGCGUUAAAAUUCCCAGACACUACACGUCGAAAGACGCAGAUGCCAGCGACAACAUUGGCUCACCAGCAAUCUCUAUCGGAGGGGAUAUUCAUGAACAGUUUACACUGAGGCGAGAACAAUAUGGUGGGCAAAUGCAGCACUUAGCACCACCGACACCAUUAACUGGGCGUAAAUAUCUUCGAUCCAAAGAUGUGGCAAACCCAACGCCCCUAUCGACUGCUACUCAGAGUGUCAGUCGUUUACAGGCACUUUUGGCUGGCUGCAAACCAAUGCCUAGCGAUACUUUGAAAGAAACGUUGAACACUUGUACACAGGAUGUCAAAGCUUCGAUCGAAGCCAGGGUCAAUGAAAUUGGAGAACAAUUCUGCAGGAAUUAUUCUCAAACCACUGAAGACAACGAUACUGUAAAUGCAGAUUUUGGCAGAAAACGACUACAGUUAGCCCAGACUCUAUUCUACAAGCUUUUGGAAACCAUUUUAGGUGAUGAACAACGCAAGAAGCCUAACUGUGAUAUUAGGAAUUUAUUGUCGCAAGAAAUAUUUCACCAAUGUUUAUUUGCCUGCUGCUUGGAAAUUGUGAUCUAUUCGUACAAGAGUCACAGAUCAUUCCCUUGGAUAUUGAAUGCGCUGAAUUUGGAACCUUAUUACUUUUACAAAGUUAUUGAAAUCAUUGUAAGAUCGGAAGACCAAUUGUCUCGCGAUAUAGUCAAGCAUCUAAAUUACAUUGAAGAAAAGAUCUUAGAAACCUUAGCUUGGAAAAGUGAAAGUCCCUUAUGGGAAGCGAUCAGAAAAACUGAAGGAGGCGUGCCAAGCUGUGAGGAAGUGUCUUUACACUCGGACGUCGUGGAUCCAAAUACACCGGGACAACCGGUCUUGAGACGCAUUGCACUCGACCGAGGUAAUCAUCACGAUGUUCAGCAGAGUCCGAUCUCCUCUGCUUCUGAAAGAUUUCAGUCACCGGUAGCAGCGACAGGUCUUGCGAAGAAAAGAUUGUUCUCCGACGGUAGAAUCGGUGGUCAGCAAAGCGUUCUCAGAAUAGGAUCUGGCCAAAGUGUUUUGCAAACUAAACUUUCUUCUAUCGACGGUGACCAAAAGCUGCUUUUGACCCCUAGUCCGGUAACAGUUUUAAAAACCACAUGUCCUGUUGGCACUACUACUCCUUUGCCACAAGUGCCGGUGAACAAGGAACCCGCAAAGCCGAGGAGAGGAGGUUCGGUGGCCCUAUUUUUCAGAAAAUUUUAUCACCUUGCUUUCGUUAGAAUGAAUCAUCUAUGCACAAAGUUGGAGCUGAUCGACACAGAUUUGAAGCAAAAAAUAUGGACCAUGUUUGAAUAUUCUGUAAAAGAUCAGACGGAACUGAUGAAGGAUAGACAUUUGGAUCAAAUAUUAAUGUGCGCUGUAUACGUGAUUUGCAAAAUUGCUAAAAUAGAAAAAAAUUCGUUCACGGAAAUCAUGCGAUGUUAUAGAUUACAGCCACAAGCAGAGUCUCACAUAUAUAGAUCUGUUCUAAUAACAAAGACCAGUCAAAACGAUACAAAUAACAGAGAACUGGAUAUUUCUGAUGAUAAUACAACACAAGACGAUGGCACAGCCCCGCCAACUCCAUCUUGCAUGGCUGGAACUUCUCAAAACUUUGGUCCCGAGACGCGAGGGGACCUAAUCAAAUUUUACAACACGGUUUACGUACCGCAAGUAAAAGAAUUUGCCAACAAGUUUCCGUCCAGGGGAGAAUCCAUGAAUUUGACCUUGAGUCCUUUACCAAAGAGUAAACCCACAGCAAAGUCACCGGUCAGGCGUGUCACAAAUAGCGUUAUGACGAGAACAUUGGACUCAAAAGCUAUGACAGCUUCACCUGCGCCGCAGCUUAGCUAUUGCUUCAGCCGCAGUCCUGCAAAGGAUCUAGAAGCUAUAAACAGAAUGAUGAUAUCUGUUGACGCAAGAAAAUCAGUUGGCAAACGGCUUCUAACAGAUCUCACCGAUGUCGAUAUGACAAGUGCAGAACAAUCCCCUGCAAAAAAAAUCACGACUCCUUUAGUGGCCAAGAAACUAGAAAACAUCAUGGGCGAACGCCGUACGCAAAACCAGUAAUAAUCGAGUAAUCAAAUUUGUAACUUUACCUUGAACCGAAAGAACAUUUGCGUUGUAUUUAAUCGAGUACCGUGGAAUAUUAGACAACCAUCUGUUUUUUUUUUUUGACAAAGAUGAGUGGAUAAGUUGAUAUAUAUAUAUAUAUAAUAUUAUUAAUAUUAUUAUUAUUUUUUUUUAUUAAACGGGAUUCGAAUUGGCAGUGUUGAUUCAUUGUGAAUUUGUUGUAUAGAUUAUACUUGGAACGAGCAAAGUAAAUUUCACUUCUCUGAAAUUUAUCUGAGAACUAAAGAAUAUAGAUUAUUAAGUACACAUCAUGUUAUGUAUUUGAACUUGUGUAAGUAUGUACAUUUAUACAAGAGGUGGGCGGUGUAUUUAAUUAAUCCGUUGAACGAUGUAAAAGUUGGUAAAAAAAACGAAAAAAAAUGAAACAUUUGUUUAUGAAAAGAAAAAGAAUUGAAAGAGCUCAAUCAAAAAUUUUGCUCUCAGUUAACUAUUUCAUUACCUCAGUCUUAUUGCGGCGCGUGGUUAAAUUAAUCGUGGUUUUCUUUUUCCAUCGCGUAUAAAUGGUCUCAUUCUUAAUUCAAAAUAAUUGAUCGCAUCAUUUUCUUUUCUAAGCGUUGAUUUGGGAUUUUGAUCCAAAGCUCGCCCACCUCUGUUUGCUCACACCUGAAAUAAUUAAAUUUCAAUUUGUUUUUCGUUAAUAUUGAACACGUCUGACAGACUAUGACCCUCUGACAUUACUUUUAAUUGAAUUAGACUUGAAAAUUAUUGAGUUUUGUAUAAACUUAUCGCAAAGAAGAUCAAAAACAAAGCACUAAUGCAUUAAUCUGGUAUUGAAAAUACCCAAAAUUCAAGGUACUGCUGCAUCAGUGAAACUUCAUAAUAUUCGUAUGAAUAAAACUUUGAAAAUGGUUUCUAUUUUUGCAUAUCGUUGCUGCCAAUUGAACGAUAAUUGUUUGUUUUUCCGAUGAAGCCAGCGAACUGCAGUUCUUGUAAAUUAUAGACAAUUUCAUGACUGAACAUUUGUGAUAUCCAGAAAAAAAUAUAAGGACUGCAGAUGUCGAGUUAAAUUUUGCUAAUGGUAUUUACUCUAGUGGUCUAUAUUUUUCUACGCAUACAUACUGGCAUAUGCUUAGAAAUUCAAUAUUCUUUCCACUAAAGAUAUUAAUAUUAGGAACUGUUUCUUCUUUUGUGUUCAAUUUCACAUCAAUUUGAAUAAUGGUACAAAGUGAACAGUAUGUAACUUACUCGACUAGUUUAUACUAGAUAUAUUUUUUCUUUUUAAUUUAUAACAUUGUUAGAAAAUUAAAGAAAAAAAAGAAAAAACGGGUCUCAUCAGCGCCCCACUUAAUUCAAUAAUUAAUCUUUAUUUUUAAAUUUAGAAGAAAAAAAAAUUCGUUACAAAAAAAUUUAUAUAAUCUUGUACAAAUUAAGAUAAUUUGACUGAAUAUUUUAUCUGUUUGAAAGAAACAUUUACAUUCGUGGCAGCAUUGUACCAAGUGUGUUGUUUAAUAUCAUUAAUUUUUUCUUUUUUUUUUCUCUUUCAUUUCGGCUAUUCAUCGUUCUCGUUAUACGACCCACUUUUUUACAAUGUAAAUUCAUUCAUAUAUCAAUGAUAUUCAUAUAGAUUUGCUUAAUCAAAAUGAAUAAAUUUGAACAGCGUUCGUUCAUAGGUGGUUGGUACGGUAAACCUCGGUUUAGUUACCAAUUUAUUGAAGGUGCGAUGUAAAAGGAAGUAUAUGGUUCUCAGGAGAGUUGACGUUGCGAUUCGGGUGAUAUAAGUAUGUAUAUAUAUAUAUACUUACAUAUAUGUAUAUACAUUAAAGUAUAUAUAUAUAUACACAGAAAUAAAAUAUACUUUUUAGAAUAGGUUACGAUAUUACUUAUGUAAAAUUGUUUGAUUCAUUUUAUCUAUAAUAAUGGUUCAAUUCAUGCGAUUAACUUGUACAACUUUUGUCUCUACGGUAUCUUUGAGUCCAGAUUAAAAACUGUCGAUCAUGUUUACUCUUUCGGAAUAUCAGCUCGGUAUAUUUCAUAAGCAAUUCGUUGCAUGAUGGAUUUAUUUGCAUUAAUAGAAUUUGUUGUACCACUGUACUAAUGUUCAAUCGUAAUAUCAUGUCUAAGUGUAUAUGCUAGAUUUACGGUAAAAAAUAAUCCGUAUCACAGCCAGUAGCUGUUCCGUUUAAGAUUUUUAAAACUAGAAUUUAUAGCGCUAGGUAUAUCAGCUUUUCAUUAAUUACAUAUACUAUAUGAAAAUAUGACUUUGUAAUAUCUGAAGAAAAAUGUCUCGCAUAACAUGAAAAUGACAAUUGAUCAA